UUCAACAUGUCUGUCAUAGUAGAUUGAAGAGCUUCGCAGUGGAGGCGUAAUCUAUAUUUUUAAAAUUUAAAAUUGUAAUAUUAAAGUCAAAACUAUGAUAUGAUAUUGUCUUAGUGUUAACUAAUUCAGCCCCAGCUCAACUCUUGUUGGCCAGUGUAAGUGUUUGCUGUGGCUUGUGUUUAAGCUGAAGUAACGCCCCCAAAACUGGGGCAGCUCUGCCAUAGCAUCAUCCCAUAUUGUCGUUCUUUAGUCUACAAUUUGCCCGACAGUCGAAAUGUUGCAAUGGAUUUUUGUAGCGCUGUUCGCUUUGCUCGCGCUGGAGGCGGAGACGACCAACAUCAAGUGGCACAGUGUUGGUGCCGCAUUCGAUAAUGCCAAUGCCUGGCUGGAUGAUUAUUUGCCCUGUGCACAGGACUUGGUUGUCUUUCCCAGCUAUUAUCCAGCUGUGUUGCCAUUGCCCAAGCAGCUGGCCGUGGGCGGAUUUGUGCUGCCUCGCUUGGGCGGUCUGCUGCUGGCAGAGGAUGCUACCAUAGAACUGGGAUUGGGCACAGGCUUGAAUAGUGCUUGUGGCAGCAGUGAGAGACGCGCCUACUUGAAGCCAGCCAAGACGAGCAAGUGGUUUGAUCCGAGCAGCUGGCGUGGGCAGCCCAGCAGCAGCAGCAGCAGUGCCUCCACCUCCAGCUCGGCCAUCGAUAGCUACUUUGACUUGGACCGUGUGCCCUGCGACGAUGAGCAUGUGGUGAUUAGUGGAAACAGUGGUGCGCUCUCUUUUGACUUGGAGAAUGUGCAGUUUCUACGUUUGGGCCAGCUCAUCCUAGCGGGCUCCUCCAUUUCCCGCAACUAUCUGCAGGAGCUGCUCAGCAGAGAUUUGGGUCAAUUGCUCUUCCAUAAUGCCCAGAAUGUGUUUGUGGAGUACUAUAGAGGUGAACUAUGUGGCUGUCACAAGGACUACGAGCAUUUGCUGGAACUUGUCUGUUCCCACGUGGAGCCUCAAUGCGAAGUGCCACAUUGCGUCUCUCCACUGCGUACAAACGACGGCUGCUGUUUGGUCUGUGGCGCGAUGUUGCAUGUGAAUAGCGAGCAUUGCGUGGAGGAGGAUCGCAAGAGCUUGAUCACUCUUAUCGAUAGUUUUAUGGCCAAGGAGCAGCUGCAGGAUGAGUUGCAGUUGCAUGUGAACUAUGUCGGCUCGAGUGCGUUUGGCAAUGCUCUGCAGGCGAUUGUCGUGGAUCGACGUGGCUACAGCGAGCGCAGCGUGGAGUUUAUGAAACGUUUCGCGGCGCAACGGAAUCAAAGCAAAUUUCUGGCUCAACAGAAAAAUCUGAAACUCUUCUAUUCUGGCCAUCCAUACAAUCCCAAUGUGAGCUUUGCCUCGGUGCUGCUCAUACUCUUCUGUGUGGUGCUAGUGGGCGUCGUCUCUUUGAUUAUGCUCGCUCACUUUAUGCCGCAGAACCCGUAUCUGAAUCGCAUACCACAAUGGAUACACAAUCCCAGACGUUGGCGCUGGCAUCACCUGGAUUUGCGUUUGCCGCAGAAUUUGCUCUUCAAUCGAUUUGAUAAUGCGGCAGCUGGAAUGGGAGUGGGAGGAGCAGCUGGCAGUGCAGUAGAACGCCUGGCUGUCAUUGGCUAUGAUGCGGAGAGCGAAGAGGUGCGUGAGCGCGCUUUCAAUAAUCCCAUGUUCGAGCAAGCCGAGCAGGUGGCAGCCAUUGAAGAGCAGCCGGAGACAACUGCAAUGUCAGCCAAGGUAGAAACUGGGCAAUUGGACAGCUGCAGCGUGGAGGAGCAGGAGCUAACAGAAAUCAAUUUGGAGUCCUCUGACGGCGAAAGUGAAGACGAGGCGGAAACCAAGGAAUGACAGAGAAUAUAAAUAUGAAAUCUUAAUCAUGAUAGCAAAAGAUAUUUCUAUUUUAUAAAUAUCUAUCGAAAAUUAUAACAGA